AAGCAAACAUUAGACCCGAGCUGAUCCAUCGGCGGAGUAAAGAUGGCUGAGCAAGGCGCCGCAGAUCCUGUUAACAACAACAAUAAUAAUAAACCCGAAGCCUCAGAGGGGACGAUUAUUAAGGUCACAGUGAAAACACCUAAGGACAAGGAAGAGAUCGCCAUCGCAGAGGACGCCUCUGUCACUCAGUUUAAAGAGGAGAUCUCAAAGCGAUUCAAAGCCAAACAGGACCAGCUGGUUUUGAUUUUUGCAGGGAAGAUCUUGAAGGACGGCGAUAGUCUGAGCCAGCAUGGCAUCAAAGAUGGCCUGACAGUACACCUCGUCAUUAAAACGGCACACAAGACAGCAGAUGGCGGUAGCACCUCAGCCUCUAGUUCAGCCUCCACUCAGGUAGGUAGCAGCUCCACCUCUAGUCCAACCGCCAACCCUGCCUCCACAGCAGGCCCCACCGGGUCAGGUCCUGCACCCACACAGACGCCUAAUAUAAUGAGUGGCUUUGGUGACCUGGCCGGUCUAUCUGGUCUGGGUAUGGGCUCGGGUAAUUUCAUGGAGCUGCAGCAGCAGAUGCAGAGGCAGCUCAUGUCCAACCCAGAGAUGCUCUCUCAGAUCAUGGAGAACCCGUUGGUACAGAACAUGAUGUCCAACCCCGACCUGAUGAGGCAGAUGAUCAUGGCCAACCCACAGAUGCAGCAGCUGAUGGAGCGCAACCCUGAGAUAUCCCAUAUGCUUAAUAAUCCUGAACUCAUGCGACAGACCAUGGAGCUUGCCAGAAACCCAGCCAUGAUGCAAGAAAUGAUGCGAAACCAGGACCGCGCAUUGAGCAACCUGGAGAGCAUUCCAGGAGGUUACAACGCAUUGAGGAGGAUGUACACAGACAUCCAGGAGCCCAUGUUCAGCGCAGCAAGAGAGCAGUUUGGAAACAACCCGUUCUCAGCUCUCGGUGGAUCCUCUGAGUCUGGCGCUCAACCGUCGCGGACAGAGAACCGAGAGCCCCUACCUAAUCCAUGGGGGCCCCCAAAUUCUUCGAACCCAUCUGAGAGCGGAGGGGGGACCACAGGUAGCACCAGUACUUCGGGGACCACCAACCCGAGUGUGUCCAACCCUCUCGGCAUCAAUCCUGGGAGCCUUGGAAAUGGCAUGUUCAACAGUCCAGGAAUGCAAAGUCUACUUCAACAGAUCUCGGAAAACCCUCAGCUGAUGCAGAAUAUGCUAUCUGCCCCGUAUAUGCGCAGCAUGAUGCAGUCACUGGCUCAAAACCCAGAGUUAGCCUCACAGGUAAUGAUGAAUAAUCCAUUGUUUGCUGGAAACCCACAGCUGCAGGAACAGUUUAGAGCUCAGCUGCCCGUUUUUCUGCAGCAGAUGCAGAACCCUGAAGCCCUUUCAGUUAUGACCAAUCCCCGGGCCAUGCAAGCUCUAAUGCAGAUCCAGCAGGGCCUUCAGACGCUGCAAACAGAAGCCCCCGGCCUUAUGCCCAGUUUGAUGACAGGUGGAAUUCCAGGAGUGCCCACAGCAGGCGCUGUUCCCGCAGAGAACCCUGCCUCUCCCCCCAGCAGUGCUGCAACAAACCCUGCUCAGCAGCAGCUGAUGCAACAGAUGCUCCAGAUGUUUGCUGGAGGAGGUGGAGGAGGAAGCGCAACGACCCAAACCCCAGAGGUGCGGUUCCAGACCCAGCUCGACCAGCUGAACGCCAUGGGCUUCAUCAACCGUGAGGCCAACCUGCAGGCCCUCAUUGCUACUGGAGGAGACAUCAAUGCCGCUAUCGAGAGACUGCUGGGUUCACAGCCCUCGUAAACAUACAGUACCAUAAUGACAUGCAGACAUCCUCACAAACACACGAAUAACACGUAACACACCCAAAAUCCAGAGAGAACCAACAGAAAUGUAUGUGUAUUGUCCCAAAUGUUGCAGGAGAAAUUUGGGCAAGAACUGAAAGACCCUCAUUCUUCAUCUGUUCUAAGAUCAUUCCCUCCCCCCACCCCCCUUCGCUUUUCAUGUUCAGCAACAUUCAACCAGCUUCACCCGAAAAGUUCUGCUGUAGGGGUCGGACUGAACCACUCUGUCCUCAGAGGGUGUACUGAUGUGAAGGUGAAAGGGACUCCCGACCAUUUGUUUUUUCUUUUCUUUCAUUUAUUUUUUCUUUCACAACAAUCUAAAGUAGCACUCUGUAGGCAAACAUUUACAUUAAACAGAUGCAACACGUGCGACAUGA